AUGGAAAUCGCGCAGAAAGAAGCCACGAUGAUGGACAGUGAGCACGUGCCGUGCAUUUUGGUGUGGGCCAUACGGGAAUAUUCGGUAAUGGCCGACUCUCAGAAUACAUUUGUAACAGAGCAGUGGCCCGGAGUGAGCGAUGGGCCUGUGGUGGUGACGCAGUGCGGAUCCAGCAAGCCUGUGGAACCUUUGUGGGACGGGACCAAGUUGAAGAAGGGCGAGGCGAAGUCGGCGAACCUGGAUGGAGUGAGCAGCUGCGGACUGGCGUGCGGCCAAACGAAGAUUGGCGGCACCAGGAUCGUGCGAGCUGUGUGGCGUGCGGCCAAAACGAAGACCGGCGGCGCUAAGAGGGGGAGAGCUCAGUUCGGAAUUGGCGGUGUCGAGCACAACCAGUUUGGAGAUCGCGGGUGCACGGGAGACACCAGCGACGCGACAGAGCCGUACGACAGAGUGCGGCACAUAGUGCGAGACGUCGGCCAAGACUGGCACGAGUAG